UAUUAUGGCUGCGGUUCCUGCGUAAUUUUUCCGUUAGACUGAACCUUAACAAGUAAAAGUCCUAGAAUAUCAUCAUCAUUAUUGAAUAUAACAUAUUUCUAGCUUACCAUAAAUAGUUGCGCAUUUGUUCCAUUUUUUUAAAAUUGCACUUUUAUUUAAACAGGAGUCUAAAAUUUAAAUUGGUGAAAAAUGAUGUAUUUGAUUGUAUAAACUAGAAUUUUCCAUAUGCCAGAUGCUAUUUGGAGUCGGCAAAUCAAAAUCAAAAACUGUCACUAAAAGGAGGUAACCUUACCACUCGGUGACCUAUAGGCGAAGCGCCUAUUUGAGUUUCGCUCGAAUUUCGUACAUCUGCGUGUCCAAUUAUUUCAAGUGUUGCAGCUAAAAGCGAAAACGAGCAAAUAAUAUGCCAUUGUCUAUUUCCGGAGUUAGUAGAGCACCGGUGACGGGCAAGCGAUUCCGUCCGGAAUGCGACUGCUGACAUUCAAAACGUCGCACCGUCCAACUGUCAGUCAGUUUUUCAGAGUUAGAAAUGGAAGGUAUGGAUAUGGAUAUGGGUAUGGGUAUGGGAGUCUUCUACAUUUGCCACCGGAUAUGUGUGACCCUACGAGCUGGUUCAAUGUCACAGACCUUGGGAGGGCCUAUUCGCCACACCCACAUAUGCGGCGAAUGUCUUUUGAGCGGUGCGUUUGUUUAUCUAGGCCGAAAUGCCGCCGUGACAGCUCGUGUGCAUUCGAGUGAUAUGUGAGUGACACUACUUCAUUUGCGUCACUGGGUCGAAGGUCGAAGUCAGGGAAACCCAUGUGUGAGGCUCCUAUCCAUCCUGCGAUGCCCGAGAUGUCGCCGAUGACUUAAUUAUAAAUUCGUUUCGGUAAUUAAUGCGAUCAAGAAAAUUAAGAACACAUAUAUUUAUUUUUGCAAGUAUUUACCUUUCUUUUUCGCGAGUUAAUGUUUUAUGACAUUUUGAAGACUGAGAAAUGGUUAAAAAAGAAAAUUACCUAUGUAUCUUUCAGCUUACUGCAUGGUAAAUAAAAGUGAGCCCUGUUUCUAUAAAAAUUACUCAUACGACACGUAUGCCAGUUUUAAUUUUAUGCAACCAAAUUAGUCUCCCAUUUAUAGCCUUGUCAACCUAUUGAUCUUGUUAAAAAAAACCGUUAAAAUAUGGGCUAUAAAAAACGGAAAUAAAACUAUGUUUACGCCACCUGGAGAAAAACAAUCUAUGUACAUUGGUGGUCAAAAGAAAUUACACAAAUCAAAUGAGAAGAUGCUUAUAAAUAAAUUAUAAAUACUUUUGCCCACCCCUGUUAAUAAAGUGAGUUUUAAACUUUAAAGACAAUGUUCAGAAGCUAAAACAUAUUGUUUCUAACGAAUUUCUUUUGAAAAGCCUUCAGUGCGCACAGUAUAAGUGUAUGUCGCCCUAUUUCGCGCCAAUAAAAAAUAUUCCAGGCAUGUGGGAACAUUAUUAACAUAAGUCUACGACACGUGAGCAGCUUUCAGACUACCAGACUCUCAGACCAUAUUGUCACAAAAUAAGAUUAGACUAGACGUAUACUAUAAAGCCUGUAGGCAGGUACAGGUUCGAAUAUUCUCACUUUUCGCUUUGUUCUAAAAAUUUUCCAUUGACAACGUAAACAAACAAGGAGCAUCUUAAUGGAAAUCAGCAAAAGGGCUAACCGGCAUGGCGUGCAAAUGUACACUUGCAAAACUUACGCCACCGCCGGUGGACAUCGAAAAGCUGGACUACAGCCUCUAUCUGCCGCUCUUCUUUGACGGACUGGCGGAGACCAAACAUCCGUAUAAGACAUACGCCCGCCAGGGAGUUACGGAUUUGCUGCUGGCCGGGGGCGAGAAGAUACACCCCGUGAUACCGCAAUUAAUAUUGCCGCUGAAGAACGCAUUGAGCACACGAAACCUGGAGGUAAUGUGCACGACAUUGAAGAUAAUCCAACAGCUGGUCAUGUCCUCGGAUUUGGUGGGACCCGCCCUGGUGCCCUUCUAUCGACAGUUGCUGCCCAUGUUUAAUGCCUUUAAGGUGAAAAACUUAAACUGUGGCGAUGAGAUCGACUAUGCCCAGAAGAACAACCUGAAUCUGGGGGACCUCAUCGAUGAGACAUUGCAGGUGCUGGAACUUCACGGCGGCGAAGAUGCCUUCAUCAACAUCAAGUACAUGGUCCCCACUUACGAAUCCUGCUAUUUAAAUUGAGCUACGUGCGCUUCAUGGUUUUGUCCCUUUACAUACAAUAUCAUAAGUAUUUAUUGAAAUUUACAAACAUUACAGAAUUAAAUAGAUAUUUGUUACCAA